UUCAAUCGACGUAGAAGAAGAAUCGAAAGCUUUGAAAAUAAAAAUCCUAAUCAUAAACAUUAAACAAACGUUUAAAAAAUAUUUUUCAAGCAUAAAAUAUUAGUUAUAAAAAUUAAAAAUGUCGAAAGCUCAUCCCCCAGAAUUGAAAAAGUUUAUGGAUAAAAAAAUGAUGGUAAAAUUAAAUGGUGGACGAUCAGUCGUUGGUAUUUUACGAGGUUUCGAUCCAUUUAUGAAUGUUGUGAUUGAUGAAGCAAUUGAAGAAUGCCGGGAUAGUACUAAAAACAAUAUCGGCAUGGUGGUUAUUAGAGGAAACAGUAUUGUAAUGGUGGAAGCACUGGAUCGAGUAUAAUCUAAAUUAGAUUUUUCUUUUUGUAAAUGCUUUAUCAUUUAAGAGUUAAGGAUUAAAUUACAAAUGUAAAUUAUUUUGAAAAUAAAAAAAAAUAUGCUUUACAGAUCUGAAUAUACUCAUUUACAUAUUUAAUUCUUAAGAGGUUUUUGUUUGAUAAUCAAUAGUCGAAUCUUAUUUGAUUAAAUAUGAAUGUAUUUAAUUAGAAGCAUUUUAGAAAUAGAAGAUCAAUUAUUAUCUGAUUUUAAAGUAUCAUACAGAAGAUACCUACUUACCUAACAAGAAACAAAUUUGUAAAAAAUCGUUACCUA